AUGCUUCCCCCUGUUCCGGCGUUGGCGGACUACGGCAUUUCGCCAGACCUUGGCUUCCUUCCGUCAGAACCGCCCCUCGAUAUACUGCCUGACCCCUACUUCGCCAAGUGGGAGGCUAUUGUUUCCAACCUUCAAGCACUGAUUCUCAGCAAGCGAGUGCGUGAGACAGUGGACCGCUUGCCCCUGCUUGACGCAUCAUACCUCCAGUCUGAAAGCGAGUGGAGAAGAGCUUACGUCGUGUUGGUGUUUAUGUUACAUGGUUAUGUCUGGGGUGGAAGCAAACCCGCAGAGAUAAUUCCCCCGCAACUCACCAAACCACUUUUCCAAGUCUGCGAGCAUCUGGAUCUGCCCCCUGUUGCUACUUAUGCCGGAGUGUGUCUCUGGAACUACAAGCCUAUUUUCCCAGAUGAGCCGGCGGAUGACCUGUCCAACUUGGCCAGCGUCAACACAUUCACCGGAUGCAUUGAUGAACAAUGGUUUUAUCUGGUCUCGGUAGCUAUUGAAGCUCGUGGAGGCCCCUCGAUUCCUCUUAUGCUGCAAGCUAUUAGUGCAGCCCGUGAUGGCAAUAGCCGAGUCGUGACUGAGUGCUUACAAAGGCUGGCGGAGAUGUUGGAUGACAUCGUGACAUUGCUGGAACGGAUGUACGAAAACUGCGACCCUUACAUCUUCUACAACCGGAUUCGACCAUUCCUCGCCGGUAGCAAGAACAUGGGAGAUGCUGGAUUACCGAAUGGCUUGAACUAUGACGAUGGAAGCGGAAAGCCCGACUACCGCCAGUAUGGUGGCGGUAGCAAUGCUCAGAGUUCUCUCAUCCAGUUCUUCGACAUUGCAUUGGGGAUCGAGCAUCGGCCUACGGGUGAAAAAGCCCCUAGUAGUACUCCGUUGAAAGAUGAGAAGGAAGGGGUCCCCGGUCCUCCGCGUCAUGGAUUCAUCCAGGAAAUGCGCUCAUACAUGCCCGGCCCUCACCGUCGGUUCCUGGAGCACGUGUCCGCUGUCGCCAAUAUCCGGUUAUACGUUGAAGCUCGACGCUCGGACAAGGCACUUUGCAUUGCCUACGAUGCCUGUCUUUCUAUGCUCCGGACUAUGCGCGACAAGCACAUCCAGAUCGUUUCACGAUACAUAAUCAUCCAAUCCCGCGAGUCACGAGGAAGCGCCCGGUCUAGUAGCCCACGACGACCCACACAAGCCGUCAACCUGGCGACGGCUCGACACAGUGACGCCAAGUCAGAGAAGAAGAACCUCCGCGGCACUGGAGGAACAGCCCUGAUUCCAUUCUUGAAGCAAGCCCGCGACGAGACCGGAGAACCAGCCAUUGACGCAUGGGCUCGACGCCUGCUCAGCAACGGACCAGCAGAGUCCAGUUUCGUAGCGCUGAGCAAGAUGAGCGAACACCCUGACGGCCACCUGGAGGUGGUAGGAUUAUCAGGAACAUGGGCAGCGGAUGAUAGUGAAGGAGGUAUCUGUCAUUGGUGA